UAUAACACACUCCCGCCAAAAACACACGGUGACUCCAGUUCUGCUCGGACGAGUGAAAAAUAAAAGCCUAUUGUGGAUUUGGGAUUUGUACAGCCCUCUGUACUUAGUGGGAGGGGGAGAAGUUUAUUUUCCCAAAGCCAAGCUCUUUGCAGACUUGCAGAGACGAUGCCUUCCUUUUACCUUGUCUCAAAAGCCGCUCAGUGGAUUUGGUAGUUGCUCAGAUUAUUUUUUGCAAGUUAUUCCAACGGGAGGGACAGAGAGACUGAGCCAGAGAAUGCUCGCACAGCUCAUAAGGAUUCUGUAUGUCUUGUCUUUUUGCUUUUUUCAAGGUGGCUUUAUCAGACUGGGCUCCUGUAAGGAGGAGAUAAAGUCCUCCAGUAGGACAGUCCCCUCCUCGCAGUCGCCGUCUGACUUCCUGGACAAGCUCAUGGGGAAAAGGUCUGGGUAUGACGCCCGCAUCAGACCCAACUUCAAAGGUCCGCCUGUGAAUGUCACCUGUAAUAUUUUCAUCAACAGCUUUGGGUCCAUCACGGAAACGACUAUGGACUACAGGCUCAAUGUGUUCCUACGGCAAAAAUGGAACGAUCCCCGAUUGGCUUACCAGGAGUACCCAGAUAACUCCUUGGACCUGGAUCCCUCCAUGUUGGACGCCAUCUGGAAGCCUGACCUGUUCUUCGCUAAUGAGAAGGGGGCUAACUUCCACGAGGUCACCACCGACAACAAACUGCUGCGGAUCUUCCAAGAUGGGAGUGUACUGUAUAGUAUCAGGCUGACUCUCAUCCUGUCCUGCCCUAUGGACUUGAAGAAUUUCCCCAUGGAUAUUCAGACCUGUACCAUGCAGCUUGAAAGCUUUGGGUAUACCAUGAAUGAUCUAAUCUUCGAGUGGUUGGUCGAGAACCCCGUGCAGGUGGCUGAUGAUCUUACGCUCCCACAGUUCGUGCUGAAAGAUGAGCAGGAUUUGGGCUACUGUACCAAGCACUACAACACAGGUAAAUUCACCUGCAUCGAGGUUAAGUUCCACCUGGAGAGACAGAUGGGCUACUACCUGAUCCAGAUGUACAUCCCUAGCCUGCUCAUCGUCAUCCUGUCCUGGGUCUCCUUCUGGAUCAACAUGGAUGCUGCCCCGGCUAGAGUGGGCCUGGGCAUCACCACCGUGCUCACCAUGACCACCCAGAGCUCUGGGUCCCGGGCCUCUCUACCCAAGGUGUCCUACGUGAAGGCCAUUGACAUCUGGAUGGCCGUGUGCCUGCUGUUCGUGUUCGCCGCGCUGCUCGAGUACGCGGCAGUCAACUUUGUCUCGCGGCAACACAAGGAGUUUAUCAGGCUGAGGAAGAAGCGGCGGCGGCAAAGAAUAGAAGAAGAACUGGUGAGAGACAGCCGUGGGUUUUACUUCCGCGGCUACGGACUGGGUCACUGCCUGCAGACCAAAGACGGAACGGCUGUGGAGGGGGCCACAAUCUUCGCCCCGCCGGUGUCCACCGUAUACGAUGGCGAGGCGGUCCGCAAGCGCUUUGUGGACCGGGCCAAGCGCAUCGACACGAUAUCCCGAGCAGUCUUCCCUCUGAGCUUCCUCUUCUUCAACAUUUUCUACUGGAUUACCUACAAAGUGCUGCGACACGAGGACAUCCAUGCAAAUUUGUAAUACGCUCUCUGCUCUACUCCCCAUGACCUCCCAAAUGUUACAUGCUACAUUUCUGUUAGUUUUUUUUCUUCUUUCAACCGAAACUGCCUAUCAGAUCUACAUUAAAAGUGUUUCAGAGGCGGAUGCUUCGUAACAGAUGCCAUUAAUGCUAAAAACUCUGUGCUCAGGUGCGUCUUCAGGAUCUCAGUGAGAGAGAGAAAGAGACAGAGACAGAGACAGAGACAGAGACAGAGAGAGAGAGAGAGAGAGAGAGAGAGAGAGAGAGAGAAAGUGUGUAUGAAAUGAAAAAGUGAAGAUGUGAAUUUAAACUGGUGGUAGAGUGCUGUUUGUUAUUGCAUUCUCUUUUAUCUUAAUCAUCUUGUUUUGACUGGAUUACAACAGAGACAUAAUAAUGCUAGUCUUUCAACUUCUGCCUGAACUCUGAACUAUGGCUAAAGGCAGAUACCACAAGGGAAUAUUAGUCAUGGCUGGAUGGAUAAUGCUGACUUGAAUUUUACCACUCAACACAUCUUUGAAUGAAUGUAAAAAAUAAAAAAUAAAGAAGAAAAGAGGCUUUUCUACAACUUUACAUUGCCAAACAAAUGGGGUGUGAGGGAGGGAUUGGGGUCUAUUUCUGUAUUUUAAUGAGGUGAUCAUGAUAUGUUGUUUUAGACAAGAGAUUAUAUACAGUGCAUUCGGAAAGUAUUCAGACCCCUUGACUUUUUCCACAUUUUAUU